AGAAUUGAAUGUUAGUUGGAGAGCAAGGCAUUAACAUUUGCUUCGUUUCCCACUGUGCGAACAGAACAAAUCAAUCACGUUACUAGCUAUUAUUGAUAAAAAAAAUGUUUCUUGUGACCUUGACCAUUGCAAGGGCCCAAAUUGACGACUUCAUGAUAAAUCAAUGGCGAAUAUCAGCUUGUCAAACGGGCAAAUAAAGGAGGAUGCUAUCAUCGAUUCAUCUCCGCAAACCAUGCAGGAUGAUUUACUGAUGGACAAAAGCAACCCCCAGCAGCUUUCACCAAGGUCAGAGCAAAGCACCGAAGCCGCAGAAACCCCCAAGUCCGAAGACAGCUCCGUGAGUAUCAACGCCCCGGUUUCUGCCCAGAAUAAAGAGAAGGCGCAGAUGGAAUCGCCAAUCUUGCCCGGCUUGAGCUUUCAACCCCAGGAGCCUGGUACCUCCCUGUCCCCUUCGUUCAGUACGUGGUCGACGGGCACCACCAACACGGCGGAUGAUAGCUUUUUCCAGGGCAUCCCGGCCGUCAACGGGACGAUGCUGUUCCAGAAUUUCACUCACGUCAACCCGGUUUUCGGUGGCACUUUCUCGCCCCAGAUCGGCCUGGCUCAGCAGACACAGCACCACCAAGCCCAGCAGCAGCAGCAGCAGCAACAACAACAACAACAGCAGCGGAGAUCGCCCGUCAGCCCGCAGGCUCCGUUCGCCCAGCGCAGCGCCUACAACCACCAGCCCAUCAUGACCAGCAAGCCGUCCUCGGCUUGGAACAACCAUCAGAACACCACCUGGAGCACGGCCCCCAAUCCCUGGAGCGGGCUGCAAGCCAGGGACCCCCGGCGAGCUGUUGGGGUGCCUUCCCCCCUCAACCCGAUCUCUCCACUCAAGAAACCCUUCUCCAGCAAUGUCAUCGCCCCCCCGAAAUUCCCCCGAACUGCACCUACACUAACCCCCAAAUCGUGGAUGGAUGACAACGCCUUUCGGACAGACAACAGCAACGGCAUGUUGCAAUUUCAGGACCGGAAUCGGCCCUAUGAUGCAUUUAACUUGCACUCUUUGGAGAAUUCUUUAAUGGAUAUUAUGAGGAGUGACCAUGAGCCCCUCAAAGGUAAACACUAUCCUCCCAGUGGCCCACCAAUGACCAUUGCUGAUAUAAUGUGGAGGAAUCACUUUGCAGGACGCUUGGGCCUUAAUUUCCCUCACCCAGGAACAGAUAACCUUGUGGCACUAAAUAAUACAAGGACAUUUGGGCGACGAAGAGGCUAUGCCUUCCUUCUAUUUCAAGAGGAAAGCUCUGUGCAAGCUUUGAUAGAUGCAUGUAUUGAGGAAGAUGGAAAGCUAUACCUGUGUGUUUCCAGCCCCACUAUCAAGGACAAACCGGUUCAAAUUCGACCGUGGAACCUGAGUGACAGUGAUUUUGUGAUGGAUGGUUCCCAACCUCUGGAUCCCAGGAAGACUAUCUUUGUGGGAGGAGUUCCCAGACCUCUUCGAGCUGUUGAAUUGGCUAUGAUCAUGGAUCGGUUGUAUGGAGGAGUCUGCUAUGCGGGCAUUGAUACAGACCCUGAACUGAAGUACCCAAAGGGUGCUGGUAGAGUGGCUUUCUCCAAUCAGCAGAGCUACAUUGCUGCUAUCAGUGCUCGCUUCGUACAGCUCCAGCAUGGAGACAUUGAUAAACGGGUGGAAGUCAAGCCAUAUGUCCUGGAUGAUCAGAUGUGUGAUGAAUGCCAGGGUGCCCGUUGUGGUGGGAAGUUUGCUCCUUUCUUCUGUGCCAAUGUUACCUGUUUGCAGUAUUACUGUGAAUACUGCUGGGCAAGCAUACAUUCACGUGCUGGUAGGGAGUUCCACAAGCCUCUUGUGAAGGAAGGAGGUGAUCGCCCACGUCACGUUCCAUUUCGCUGGAGCUGAAGCGUCUUAUAGUCUACCAAGACAUACUGGAGUGGAGAGCGCUGCCUCAGGGCUGAGAGGGUUCUGGAAAUUGGUGCAUUCUUCCUCAGAUAAUGAAUGUUUGUUUUGUGUUUUUUUUUGAAGUCACAUUACUGAACUCAUCCAAGAUUGUCUGGUAUAUAAAAUUUCAGAAUAAUUGUACUGAAUCUGCACUUUGACUCUCAAACAUCUGCUUGGUACCUUUUUUUGUUGUGUUUAAUAUUGGACUUUGCAUUGUAAUUUAGGAGUCAUAGCUGAUUUAUCAUCAGCUCAUGUAACUGUUUCCCAUGACAGGAGCAUGCACUUAUUUUCAGAAACUAAGACUUGCCCCUAGAAGACUUACCAAAGGUAACACACUGUAGGUGGCAUAUGUAGCAAAACAUUUUUCUCAGAUAUUCAGCAAUUAUACAUUUUGGAUCAUUUAAGAUACCAUUACCCUAAAAGUAAGCCUUUUUUGCUCUCCAUUUUGACUUGCGAGAAUAAUACCUCAUAAGCUCAAUUUGAUUUUGCUGGGGUUUUUUUGGUUAGGUCUUUCUUAGUGUUAUGUAAAUGUAUGCUGCAAUAGCUUUUGCUGCUAAAUAAAUGGUAUUGCAGAUAUCAUAGUACUUUAUCAGGCUAGGGUUAUAAAUAAAUGUGGAGCAUAAUGCUGCUGGGAAAUAAAAUGCAGUAUAGCAUGGAGAUAGCUCCAGAGGAAGGUCAGUAGAUUUGACUGCAUGUUUACUUAACCAGGUUGCUGCAUGCAAUAAAUUUGUGUAUCAUGUCUCUUAUAUCUGCUGACAACCUGCCCACCAAUGCACAAAAAAACUAUGUAGGCUACAGAAAAAAAAUUUCAGUAUGAGAGAAUUGGCUAAUGACUGGAGGAAGGCAUGCCUCUAAUGUAAAUGCUUAUGGAGUUUGAAUCUGUGUCCAUUAAAGCAUUACAAAUAUCACAAAUACAUAUAGAUGUAGGAUAUUUUGAAGUUAUGUUGAUGGUAGGUGAAGUACUCUGCGGUGAUCACUUAUUGUGCAAUUUUUAUAUAGUUAAGGUGAUUAUGUAUAGUACUGUGAUAAAAGUAACCGUUGUAAUGUCUGACAUAGAAGUAAGUGAUGCUUCAUAACCAGUGUAUUAACAAAGUGAGCUCAGUUUAAAAAGAAUUCUGCUGCUUGCACCAUUUACAUAGCUUCAGACCUUGUCCAGAAAACCAAAGAGCUCAUACACUACCAAUAUAUUUGUCGGAUUGACAAGUAGGCACAUUAGGAAAGGAAACUAAUGCUAAAGAACUGUCUGCACAAAGUCAAAAUGGAGAUGUCUGCUUUCUGGUUCAGAAUAAACUCCCCAAAUCCCUGGUUAUAUCCUGCAAAGCUUGAAUUCUAAUAAGAUCUGCUAAUUAGUGGAUAUUUUUUAGCAUGUACAGUGGGGCUGCAGAUUUCAACCAAACACAGGCUAAGUGUACCGACAGUGGGGGGUUUGUACACAGUGACCUUCAGCAGCUCUGGGGACAAUCUGACUGGAUAUGACACCGCAUAGUAGAUUUGAUACUAAUUGUUGAGUCAUUUGUGUGUUGUGAUGUCCUGUUUGUGUCCAGUAAGUCUUUAUUUUCUUUUUUUAGUUUAUUUUUCAGUGUUUAGUUGCAAAUAUUGGCAUUGAAAUGGAAUUUUUUUUGAAAAAGAAGAAGAAAUUACUUUUUUACUGGUAAAUCGCUUAUUAUCCCUUUGGAGGUUAACUUCUGGGCUUUUUGUGAUAUUGCUUUCUUGCCCAGGCAUGUUUUUCUAUGUUUUUUCAUUAUCUGUAUAAGACAUUUGUUAUGCACUACUUUUUGUAUCUGGACAGUUUUCAACAGUCAGCUGAUUUUUUAAGGCGUGCUUUCUGACUGACAUGAUCUUUUGCAAUACCUCAAUUUUGAAAUAUAGGAAAGAAAUUGAUAUUUUCUAAGUAAGUUUAUUCUAAAAAUAUAUAUUAAUUUAAUUCUGCAAGGAAAUGAUUUAACAGAUGGGUAAUUUUAUUUUUUUCAUGCUUAUUUGCUUUUUUGGAAACUGAAGGAGCUAGAGCUUUAUAACUUUAAUAUGGAGAAUUGUAGUUAGCUACAGUACAAGACUUUAAAAAGAAUCUACCUAAAUGUGGAAAAGUGAACAUUUAUAAACCGUUUUCCCCUUAUAUAGUUUAAUGUAUGAAUUUAAAAGCUGGAAUGUAAAGAAAUAGUUAUUAAAAGAAACGGCUUGGGAUAGACACAUCUCCAUUGGUGCUGGAAGCUGUUAGAAAGUGAAACUAAAAUAUUUUUCACUUAAUUUGUGUAUUUAUCAUUAAUCCUUUAAGGCCGACUGACCAGAAUUGUGAAAGAAUUCUUCUGUUCAUGUUAUUUUUGUAUGAAUAUCCUUUUUAUGUUAAGUUAUAACAUGCCCCAAUUUGUUUACUUAUUAAUGAACAUACAUGAGGUCCUUCAGAUUGAGAAUGUUAUUUCUAAGGUGUUCAAAUUGUAACUUGACUAAGAGCCCCUUGGUGCAUCAGGUCCAUAUGUGGCCUUCUCUUGAUGUUGGAGACUUGAAUUAGUCAAUUUUGAAGGCUAACUUAACCUCAACUCUUUGUUGUAAUGUGCAAUACUGUUUGUACUGUUUGUAAAAAAAAAAAAAUCAAAAGCAUAAAUCUUUAUUGAAGAUUUAUUUUCAUUGCAAACUUUAGACAUCGUGAUUCACUAAAUCAUUUUUCUACUGUCAAAUGUGUACCUUUCUUCAUGCUAGUAUUUUUUCAAUAGCAAUGUAGCCUUUGUACUGAUACAAAUAUUCAUUGUUAUUUUUAGAGAUUUUUGCUAAAACCAGAGGAUUUAAACAUAUUUACAUAUUUUUCAUUUUUUAGUUAUUUUUCUUUACAGACUGCUUUUCUGACCAUAGUCAUUUCUGGGAGAGACUUUCAUAUCUGGUCAAUGUCCAAUAUUAUUUUGUAUUUUUACUUGGAAUAAAUUAAUUUUAUGAUGCUAAUUCUUUAAAGUUUAUUUUCAGUUUUGUUAUUUUUGGAGCUGAAACAUUUGUAAUAUUGUUACUAAAGUGUCUAGUUUUGAAAUGCAAAGCUUCAUGUAUUAACUUGCUGAAGUGGUUUACAGUAGUGUGGUAAUGACACGGCUGACAAUGUAGAGUGAUUGAUGUAAUUGAAUGAAUGGGAAAUAAAAUGAUCAGAAUGGAGCAGACAAAAAAUGUUGUGCUAUUGUGGGCGGGGGGGGAGAGGAGGGGGGCUGGUGUGGGGAACGAAUCAUAGUUGUAUGUGGGGAGUCUAUCUGUCUUGCUGAGUGAUAAAGCAUGGAUUUUUGGAGAUGGGAAAUGCCUUUUUUUUUGUGAAGGCUGGAUUGUUUGUAGCAACCAGUUUUUGUACUGCUUUGUACAUCCACUGAUCUUUCUUUAUAGUUACUAAUCAAACUUUUCCUCUCAGACUCAGUUAGCUGCUACAGUGUUGAAAAUAUACCACCAAGUAUUUUAAAUGCAAGCAAUUACUAUAUACCCCAAAAGGGUAGCUAGCCGGAUAUAUAGGUAAAUGUGAAAGUUCUGCAAAUUUUUUUUUUGCACAAAAUUCAUAGCUAAUGCACCACUUUUAGUAUUGAGUCAGUUCACUUAACAUUAAGGUGCUAAUACUAAUUAAACAUAAUAUAGCCAAACUUUUCUGGAUGUAGUUGUAUUGGGGUAUACAGUACAAGUAUUUGUAACUUUGCUGUUAAAUAAUGGAAAACAUCAUUUUUAGAGUGUUCAAAGCUAGGAUGUCUUUGUUUCUAAACAAACUACUAAUUUUAAAUGUAUCUUUUACUGUUCUCCUAGAUUGUUUAGCUAGUACUCUUACACGGCAUAUACAUUUUGGCUUGGACUAAUGCUUGUACGGAACUGCAGUACUGUGACUAAACAUGAAGCUCAAUGCUGCUACUGCUUACCGAUGCUUAAGUUUGUAGUUUGGACUUUAAUUUUUCUGUACUAACAAGUAAACCUUAUUAAACUUAGUUGUAUGAAGCAGUAACAUUUGUCAUGAUUUUGCAUGAUCAUUGACGAGUGUUGGAAUGAUCUGUAACUGAUACUAAAAUCACAGAAGUCUCUUGCAGUUUAAUUGGCUGAAAACCUCCAUAAGUAAACAAUUUUGGGUCCAUGAACACACAAACUUACAAAGCAGCAUCAUCUACAGGCAAUACUCAUUUAUAUAGAAAUUUCAUUUGGAAUUUAUUAAAAAUAUAAAUUUCAAAGUAGUUCAACUCAGCACAAAAUCUCAAGUUUAACAAAAUGUGCAAAAUAAUGAACUAUAAGCACAAUGGAAAAAUAUAAUUUCUGGCAAAAAUUGAAAUUGUUAGAAAAUGUUUUGAGUUUUGUUAAAAUGUCAUUCGUUUAAUUGGCUUGACAUAAAUUUUCCCCUCUUGUGCAAGAUUUUUGAUCAAAUCAUUAUCUUUCUGUAGGCCAUUUUCUUUGUAUCUUCUUCCCUUGCACCUAUUCCUGGUGAGAUGGCAGAUGCCUUGCUAUCAUUGACAUCUGUAAUCUACAUGUAGCAGAUGAUAAAUUUGUAAAACUUCAUACUUAUGUUCGCAGAUUAUAGAAUAAAAGCUAUUAAUAUAGCUGUUUAAAAAUCACAUUUAUUUGUGCUGUAAUGUCCAAAAAUAACUCAGUUUACUGAGCAAUAACUAAGCAACAAAACAAAAUAUUCUUGACUUUUAGACCUGUUCUACUUUAUCAUGUUAACAUAUAUUCCUGAAGAAUGUAGUACUUUUAUUUGUUAAAGGCUUUCAAAAAGGAAAGGCUCAUUUAACGUAUGGUGUGAAUUUCAUACACUUGGGACUGAUGGAGUGAGAGCAGGGUGGAGAGACCAUCCAAAUGAUUGAAUCAAAACUUUUCGAUUUUUUUUUUUAAAUCUUCCUACAUCCCUAUCUCCUACAUCUCUGCCCACUUUCUUAAAAUAAAAAGCUGAGCUUUGAGCAUCAGUACAAAAUAGUUCAUUCCAAGGCUAGCACUUGUCAGUAAGCAAUUCCAAUAGUAAAUGAAAAAUGAGAAGAAUGUUACAAGUUGAUUUUUGUCUGAGUGUGAUUAAAUAGCACAAAUGUACUUUGCCUGUACUGAAUUGUACUGUAUUGGGUCAUUCAUAAUAAAAGCCCAACUGAAGGA